AUGUCUGAACCAUCAUCUCCACAACAACAACAUCAACAACAAUCUGAACACCAUGAACAAUCACAGAGUCCACAUAGUGAAAUCGGUAAUGAAUCUACACAGAAUAAUUCACCAUCGAUAAUAACCAUAAAUCAAGAUCAACGUGAAACAUAUUCCAGAGAACGACGUCAUGAUCGUAAUGUUUCAUUUCGUCAUAGACGACAUCAAGAUUUAUCGCCAAGGUUUGAAGAUGAUCGAAAUAUUAUCUACUUGAAUGAUCCAAACACUAGAUAUUAUCGUUCACAAAAUCAAUUAAGUGAUCCAUCAGGAUUUUGGUUUCAACGCAGUGCUAGUGCAAGAAAUAUCCGUUUAAGAUCAGGAGUAAGCCAUAAUCAUUUGCAUCAACUCAACUUACAUGUUGAUGAUAGAUUAACAAAUCAAAUUCGUCGAUCAUUUCAGGAUAGAAGCAACGGCUUAAGUCAAGAUACAUUAAUUGAACGACAAAAUUUAGUUUUGGUUCCAAUGUAUGGGUUACUUCGUCCUCGAAGAUCAAAAAAUAGAUCUCAUAGAUUAUCAGCAGAUCUAGAAAAUCCACAACGUCGUCAGGUAGAACAAGAUGUUUCUGGUUUCCGAAAUUUGAACAAUUCGCUCUCAUCCCCGUUGAAUGAAGAAACUGUAGACCGACCAAUUAUUUUCACUAAUCCUACAAGUCGAAAUCCUCAUCAACAACCAUUAUCUACUAAUACAGCCCAAACACUCUCUCUACGUUCACCAAAUGAAGAUAAUAGUGAUCGUGCUUUACAAGCUGUUCGAUCUCAACCACGAAUAGGUUCCGUCCAAACAUCCAGAGUUACACAGGCUGUACAAACAAGAGGUUUGUAUCAAGGUCAGUUAAGACGUCCUCAAAAUGAUGUAGCUCACCAGCGUCAUAUGGAUGCAAAUCUUGGUGUAAAUGAUCCAUUUGCAAUGAAUAUCACUUCGAGCACAAAUCACCUAAGCGGAAUGCAGCAGCAGUAUGAAAGUGGAGGGCCGAACAGAAGUAGUAAUAAUAACAACAGUAGUAAUCAUCAUGCACAAACAAAUGAAACACUUGCAACUUAUAAUUCACCUAAUAGUAGCAGAGAUAGAGAAAUCUAUGUAUUGCGUAAUAACCAGUCAUCGAUUCAACCUCCUCAAUUAUCUAGUAUCGAUAAUGCUAGUAUGACUACUAGUAUAAGUGAUGCUAGUAGUAUUGAAGAUUUACAUGUAACAGAAAUUGUAGCCAAUAGUCAUAAUGAAUCAGUGAUACAUCGUCCUAGACUAUAUGAAGCAAAUAAUUCAGAUACUGAAAAAAUUGUGAAAAGACAAGAAGUCAAAUACACAGAGAAGAGAACAGAUGCAACCGAUUGGAGGGCUAAUUUAUUUGGAAGUCGUCAAUUAUGGCGUCAAAUGCUUAUUACUGAAAGAUUUGCUGAUGUAUGGUUUAUUGUUGGCGGUGAUGAUAUAUUAGGUAAUAAUACAUCAAUAAGUUUACAUUCAAAUGAUUCCAGUGCACCAGGUGGUCCAAAAAGUCAAAUUAAUUGUUGUACAAAUAAACAAUUAUUAAAUGUAUCAUCAACACGAUCUACAAAUUGUUCAAAUAGUAUAAAUAAAUCACGUCUCAUAUACAACAAUAAUGAUAGUAAUACUACUACUAAUAAUAAUAAUAGUAGUAAUAGUAAUGGUAAUAAUAAUAAUAAUAAUAAUCCUCCCAAUACAAUUACAAUUACUACUCGUACCAUUACUGCUAAUAACAAUACUACUACUACUAAUAAUACUAAUACUACUAAUAAUAGUAAUGAUAAUAAUAAUAAUGUAUAUAAUACUCCAUUAGAUAUAUUAUAUUCAAGAUGUACUGAUUCAGAUCAAGAGAAUACUAUUGAUGAUGCAACAGAUUUGAAUUCAGAUGGUGAACAACCAUCUUGUCAUUCAGAUCAUAAUACAGAUAAUAAAUCCAAUGAUUAUAAUUUACAAAACAUAUCACAUAAAUUAACUUCAACGAAUAAUUUAUUAAAUAGAACAAGAUCAUUGAAUGGAACUAAUGAUACAGAACCAAUUAUUUGGCGUUUUGCUGCACAUCGUUUAAUAUUAGCAGCUGCUUCACCAGUAUUUGAAGCAAUGUUUUAUGGACCAAUGGCGGAUUGUGAUAAUAAAAAUUCGGAAAAUCGUCGAGAAUAUCAUAUACCAGAUAUACAUCCAAAGGCAUUUCAAAUUAUGCUAUCUUAUAUCUAUAGUGAUGAAUUAUUAGUGGAGAAUGAUAUCAAUUUAUUAUUCUAUUUAUUGUAUGCAACAAAAAAGUAUAUCCUUCCACGUUUAACACAAAUUUGUGUUGAAUACUUAAAAGAUUUAAUUACAGCUGAAAAUGUUUGUAUGAUGCUUGAUCGUAGUAUAUUUUUUGAUGAAAUUGAUCUAACUCGUCGAUGUUGGCAUGUAAUCGAUGUUUUGGCACCAGAUGUAUUAAUAUCACAAGGUUUAUUAACAUUAAAUUCAAAUUGUGUACAUGAUUUAGUUAGUCGUAAUACAUUAAAUUGUCAAGAAUCUGAAGUAUUUGCUGCUGUUGGACGUUGGGCAGGAGCUGAAUGUAAUCGUUUAGGUAUAAGAGAUGUUGUUUCUAAUAGAGUACAAGUUGCAGCAAAUAUAUUACCAUUAAUUAGAUUUCCAACAAUGACAUUAAGUGAUUUUGCUGAAAAUGUUGCUUAUUCAGGUUAUCUUUCAUUAGAAAUGGUACGUGAUUUAUUUGUAUACAUUACAACAAAUAAAUUGAAUAUACAAAAAAAAGAUAAUACAUUAUCAACAACACAAAAUGAAAUGAAAUUAACAAAUUCAUCUGUAUCUACAUCAAUACAAUUAACUAAUCAAUCAUCAUUACAAUUAAUAACAAAUUCAUUACCAGAUUCUGGACCAUUUCCAUGUGAACCAAGAAUAGGACCAAAAUUAUGGAGAUGUUGUCGUUUUAAACGUAUUCGAAAAGAUUUAUUAUCAUUAAAUACAUCAAAUAAUCAUCGGCAUACAAUUAGUUUCUCUGUAUCUGCAUCUAUAUUUAUUGCUGGUGUUGGAAUUUAUGGUUCAACACAAGUUGGUGAUAUUCGUACAGUUCAUGUUGAAUUAAAAACAGGAAAUGCAAGUACACCUCUACCAUCACCAGCUAAUAUAACACCAAAUGUAAAUCAAUUAUCAGAUCGAAUGUAUCUUUCACAAGCAUCUAGAAGUACAAGUGAUUUAACUAAUUUGAAUGUAUCUACACGUUUAUUUCAUAACAAUAGUAAUACUAAUAAUAAUAAUACCAAUCGUGGAGGUAAUUUAAAUAUUUGGGAUAUUACAGGAUUAUCAAGAUUAGAUGAAGGUGAUUCAUCAAAUAUUCCAAUUCAUUCAUCAAAUCAUUUUAAUAAAAAAUGUCCAACAAAAUGUCUUGCUAGUAAACAAAUUUCAUUAAGAUCUGAUGGAACUAAUCGUGUUUAUGAUAUACGAUUUCGAUGUCCAGUAAAGUUGGUUAAAAACAGACGAUAUUAUUUAAGUUUAAGCACAUCAAAUUCUGAUCAUCAUAAUCCAGCAUCAAUGUCUACAUCAUCUACAGCAAUUAAUUCAUCAACAUCAUAUAUUGGUUUUUAUGGUGGAACUGAAAUUAUGAUACAUUGUCCAUCGGAAGAAACGUUAAAUAAACGAAAUAAUAAUGAAACACUAACAAAUAUGAAUAAGAAAUCAUCAACAUCAUCAUCAUCAACACCAACACCACCAACAUUGUCGUUAUCUAACAUUCGAAAGAAACGAUUAGAAACAAAUAAAUUCAAUGAGAAUACUCAUUUAUUAGGUAAUAAUGAAAUGGUUAUAUUUAAUUUUCAUGAUAGUUGGGAUGGUUUAGAAAAUGGUAGUGUUGAUAGAGGAUUAAUACCGGAUUUAUUAUUUUAUACUUGUUUCUAA